GCCGCCUCUGUUUUGGGCAGUGAUUGACAGAUGAACAGGCCAAUAGUGAUUGGGGUUUUCUUCUUCGGCCGAAUGCGUCACUGAAAAUAGGAGGGGCAUAGGGGACACACGUGCUUUUGCAACCGGGAGAAUCGACCUCUGAGAAGCUCAACAAUGGGCAAUGUGUUGGCUUCCAGUUCCCCCACCCCAUCGCCACCGGGGUCAGCCGGACCGGGUUUGGUGUCAGUACCACCAGGAUUCACAAUGCCAACCGUCGCACCAGUCUCGGUCACCGGUGGGCAGAACCCAGAACCUCUCCUUCAAAACCCUGGAGCAUUUGAGGAGUGCCAUCGCAAAUGUAAAGAGGUUUUUCCCAUGCCGAUGGAGGGUGUCCGACUAACACUUAACAAAGGAUUAAGCAACAAUUUUCAGGUGAACCACACAGUAUUGUUAAGUACCGUAGGAGAUUCCAGUUACCGAUUCGGAGCUACUUAUGUUGGGACCAAGCAAAUGGGUCCUGCAGAGGCCUUUCCCGUCAUGGUUGGUGACAUGGACAGCACGGGCAGUCUUAACGCACAGAUUAUCCAUCAGGUCACGGACAAAGUGCGCUCCAAACUUGCCUUUCAGACUCAACAGCAGAAGUUUGUUAACUGGCAAGGAGAUGCUGAGUACAAAGGGGAGAAUUUCACUGCUGCGGUCACUUUUGGCAACCCAGAUGUGCUGGUGGGGUCAGGAAUUGUUGUAGCCCAUUAUCUUCAGUCUAUCACUCCAUCGUUGGCAUUAGGUGGAGAGCUGGUGUACCACCGCAGACCGGGAGAGGAAGGCACGGUCAUGUCUCUUGCCGGCAGAUAUACAGGAAGCAACUUUAUAGCCACACUGACACUAGGAGGUGAUGGGGGUCAUGGAUCAUAUUAUCACAAAGCCAAUGACCAGUUGCAGGUUGGUGUGGAGUUUGAAGCAAGCGCCCGUAUGCAGGACACCAGUGUGUCAUUCGGGUACCAGCUCGAUGUCCCCAAAGCCAAUCUGGUCUUUAAAGGUUCAUUAGACAGUAACUGGGUUGUAGGAGCCACUCUUGAAAAGAAGUUGCAGCCCCUGCCUCUGUCGCUUGCACUAUGUGCUUUCCUUAACCAUAGAAAAAACAGCUUCAAGUGUGGAUUUGGUAUUUCACUUGGAUAAUCUGACAUCUUUUCGUACUAAGAAAGCUUUGAUUAUUACUACAGUUUACAAACCAGUGAUGUAACUGGUUCUACGGUAAAGACUAAACUCCCAUGCAUUUUCAUCCAUAUCCAUGUUGCCUAUGAGGCAAAAUGAAAGUGAACCAAAAAUUUUGCUCAGUUUCAUGUAUAAGCAGAUUUUAACCUUAUUUCUGUAAUAUAAAUAAAAUGAUAAUAUUAGUAAAUACGGUAAAAGCGAAUGAUAAACAAAUGCAAUCGAAAAUUAAAAAUGUAAGUAUCAUGAUGUUGUGUUAUUUUGCCAUUUAUUGUUUCUUGAUUUUUUUUUAUAAUUUAUUAUUUACAUUUAAGGUAUUUAGCAGAGCUCUUUAUCUGGGUUUUGUGUUUGUCAAUAUUCAGGGGUUUCAUUCUUUUCAAAUGUUUUGCUGAAAUAUCUGUGCUUGUUACAUAUACAAAUAAAUAAAAUUGUAUAUGUUGCCUGUA